GUGCAGUCUGGUCCCCGCAACGCACGGGCCAACAAGGUGUAUUUCGCGGCGCCCACGCCAGACCCAAAAAGUAUAUAGGAAUGUGAUAAUGAAAAAACACGAAUGUUACGGUGUUGCGAUUUCUACUGGACCAACAAACUCGAAGGUAUGGAGGGCACGGAAUCUCUCAAAAUACAUACUGGUAACAAGAAUUCGCUUACCAGGGAGAAGCGGGAUAAUUUUGAGGGCGGUCACCUAAAGCGGAAAGAGACCCUCACGGAGGAUAAUAAAGUUAUAGAAAUGAGUGAUAAUAAACCCCAAAACAAUAAGUUUAGUGAGUUGCAGCACUUGAGUGAAAAACCCGACGAUGGCAGCGAGAAAAAUGACGGCACAAAAGAGGAGUUGAAAAAUGACGAGUGCUGUAGUGUGAGUGAGACUUUAGAUGUGCCGACGCUUGAUCUGUCAACGAAAAGUGGCGGCGAAUCGAUCGAAAACGACGACGUGUCCUUCAGUGAGGAUAACAGUGUAGAUAAUAAUACGUUUAAUAUAAUUAAUACCGAAAAUUCCGAGAGUCAAGAAGUCAGUGAAUUAACGAACGACGAUUCAUCUCCGGUGCCGACUGACGACAAAGAAAACGGAGAUGAAGGCGACUUCAGAGAAAACGGGGAGUCGGACGUUCCAACGCAUACUGAGGAAGAUUCCGACGAAGAGCUUUCUUGUCUCGAAGAGGAAGAGGAGGAGGACGAGGACGACGAAUGCGAGAUGACCGAGGCGAGCGCAGACAGCGUAGGUGAUGACUCUGCCUCGGCCAGCGAAGAUGGGGAAGAGAGUGACGACGAGCGCGACUUCGACAACGACUCCCUGGAAGACGGGAAGAGCAACGCGCCCUCGCUCGCCGAACCGCCGGCGGACCACAAGCCCCCGCCGCCCUCCCCGAAGGCCGUGGCGAAGGGCGCGAGUCAGCAGAAGCCCAUGUCGCCGAAGUUCAGACACCGAGUGAGGUCCUUCGGCAAGAAGGACAAGAACGAGUUCAAGAUUGAGAUUUUCGAGUCGAAGCGAAAACCUCCCGAGAACCUUUGCGUCAAGAUCCACGGCGAGUCGCAAAGCAAGGCUCCGGUGGAAGUGAAAAUUAACGAGCCUCCAAUAAAGUCGAUCAAUGAGGGAAACUCUCCGUGGAAACAGGCGGGAAAGCCAGACUGCUCGAGAACUCCCGAGGACCCGAGCCCGCGUUCGGACAUCGCGUCGACUCCGGACUCGGCGGGGAAUUCUCAGAGUGUGUUGUUGGACGUAAGCCAAGCCAUCCGAGAGGAGAGCGAGGAAUCGGACCGCCUCUCGCCGAUGAAGAGUCCACAGGAUGAGACGAAGGAAGGACCCGCUCAAAUUGGCGCAGACACGGAGAGGAAGCUGACCAGCGACGCCCCGGCCGAAGCCAAGCCGCAGGUCCCCGAGCAGCCUGGCUCCACCCCCACCACCAACAACUCGUCCACCUCUCCACCUUUCUCCAAGUCCAACUCGCACUCCACCUCCUCCACCAGCGCCACAACGCCGUCCCAAGAUGGCGGUGGAAGCGAGGAGGUGAACAGCGCGGACGCCAAGAAGCAGUCUCCCAUGGCCUUCACCAUCGAACUGGGGCCCGGAGGAACGUCGACGAAUAGCGACGCGUCAGCCAAGAAGCUCGACAUCACCGCCUCCAUCAGCAAGUGGGCGCCCAAGCACAGGAGGAACCUCAGCCUCACGAAGGUCGAGGAGCACAAGGUUGUGGAGAAUUUCUUUGACGAGAAUGGAAACUCUCGGCCCAAGCGUCGAAGUACCAUCAGUAGGCUGGAUAAGGUUGAGGAACGCGUGGGCAAGCCCCCAGUCGGACGGCCCAGGAGCGGCACAGUCGGAGCCACUGGCCUCCUGCAGGGGCGGCGCGUCGGAGGAUACCACUCGGAGGGCUACUUCUCGUCCGACCAGGACGACGAGGGACCCAGGAGGACAGAGCUCAAAUCCCCUCGGUCACCUCGCACACCAGAGUUGCAGUCGCCACAAACGCCCCAGCGUAUUGUCAGAUCUACGUCACAAGACUCGGCCAAAGGAGCAAGUCUUAGGAUGCGUACCCCAAGCCCUGAUAACUCUAGUAGGGCCUCCCACGCCAUGACCCUCAACGAGUCUGCCUCCUACUUGAUUGAGAAGAUGAUGAGCUGCACCCCAGAGACACAGAGGAAACAAGUUGGCAAAACAGAAGGGCGGUCUUGUUGCAAGACAGACAAGAAACCCACCGUUGCUGAAUUUACAGGUCGUUCAAAAAGUGAAAAAGGUUGCAAGAAUUCCAAAAUGACACCAGAGGCUAGGAAGCAGAGCAACAGUGCCAAUAGCUUAAGUAGUUGUCAGACAUUUGAAGUAAAAGAAGAAACAGAGGUUAAGGAAGAAAAAGAUGAUGUAAGUGAGGCAGGUACAUACACUAUUGAAAAGGACUCUCCAUCCCCGGAAGUAGAACAGGCAAGAAAUGACAUUGACAGAGUCUUUGGUGUGUCAGGGCCAGAGAGUGAAGCUGAUGCCACACCAGCUACACCCCGAGGAAACAUUGUCUCAGAGGAAUCCUGGACCACUAGCUCCGAUGCUGAGAAAUUCAAGGUUAUUUGUUUUCAUUUAGUCCAAGCAGCAUCAGCCGCAGCAGUCCCAACUGGAUUCCAGCAGUGGGCAGCACAGGUCGCAGAACAUACCAAAUCCCCUGACAACUCUGUCAAGAACUCCUCAGGAUCUCCUCGUGGCCACAAACCCCCCCUGGCUUCUCUCUCAUCCUCCCAGGAGAGCAGCGACUCGCGGCCCAGACGGAAACUUCCCACGUUGCCCACGCACCACACCCCCUUCGCUGUGACCUCUCCUAGGGCAUCCGAUAUGUCAGAUCAUGAGAGUCCCACCAAAGGCCGGCUGCAGCACGACCUUUAUGAAUCUUCAACUCAACCUGCAAGUGACUACAGCCGGGACACUGAGUCUUUCCUACGAGACACUCAGCAACUUGUAACCUCUCUGCAGGCUCGAGUGGAAAGGAAGAAGGGCAGCUCUGCAGCUCUGAGAGGCUCCUCCUUUGAAUCCCAUGACUCAGGAGGCGACUCAGACUUGGACACCAGUACAUCCUACCCCAUCAAUGAUGAUGAUGAUAGACUCAUGAAAACCAUUGACUCUCAGCUCAAGACAAAGCUUAAGCUGGCAGGCAUCGACGGCAUGUCGAAAACUCCUCCGCUGGGCACAAGUCCCAGAAAGGCUGAUCCGCUGGGGCUUGAAGCAAGACUGAAGCUCACCAGUCACUUCAAGAGAGAAAGAUCCAUUGUAUCAGACAGCGGGUAUGAUGUUUAUGCUGAUAGACGGGAAGAAAACAGCUUGCAGUCUGAUAGCAGUAGUGAAGCUAGUGAGCCAGUUAAAGAUAGUCGCAAGACCAAUGAUAAUAAUCCACCCCUCAAGUUUAAUAGAGCUUUUAGCUUAAGAAGAGCUCGUCUUGCAUGUGACGAUUCUUCGCAACAACACCACACACCUUCGCCAGUGGAAAAGAAAAAGCCUGUCAGACCUACUAGUGCAGGCAACCCUGGCGGCAGUCGCAGAAUUCCCCUAAGUACGAGUAAAAGUCUCCAGGGGUCUGAUAUUAAUACUAGAGGUAGUGCAUCUCAGGCCAGCACACCAAAGAACAACUCGGCUGACUUUAACAGAGGAGACGGGGGCAGAUUUAGUUUACGGCUCCCUCGGUCUGGCUCAACAUCUGCUGUAUCAAAAUCACCAUCUCGGUCAUCAGUCAAGAAGGACAUGACAAGCAACAUCCGCAAAGGUGCUCCCAGAUCCAAUUCCACCCUGUCUGCUAAAGAGCAGGACUUCCAAAACUGGAAACGAAGGAAGAAUUACGAUCCCAUGAAGGCUGCAGCAGAAGGGAGGAAGAAGGUGGGGGAGAAGAAGAAUGAUAAGCAGGCCCAAAGCAAUGCUAUGAGCGCAUCAGAUAGAAGAUCGCCAAGCCCGCCAACUUCUCUCCUACGGUCCGCCUCUUUCCAUGGCACAGAAGGCAUGGGGGUGGCUGGACGCUGGCCACGCAGGCCAAAUCACCUGUAUAAUAGUGAAGAUGAUGGCCCUUACUCUCUGGAACAGGAGCAACAGCAGAGACCAGUUCCUCAUUGCUCUCCACUGCGAAGGUCACCAACCUCUCCACAUCAGCUAUCUUCCCCACACACCACAUCUCCAGCACGUCAAGCCACACUGGCAGCUGCACGCGCUCGGAGAUCUUCAUAUGCUCAUUCAGAUGAGGGUGAGGGACAAGGUGGAUCUCCUACAAGAAAGACUUCACUGGAUGAAUCAGGAAGUGAGGGUAAGCGUUCUCCCAUGGGAAGUACACGAGGAACUGUAUCAGGGCGAUCUAAAGCAAAAAUGGAAGCACUGGAUAACCUUGUCAUAUCCACUAUUCAUUCCCUCUCUGUUAAAGUCCGCACCACUUCUGAAACUCUACUACAGAAACUCAAGUCACAGUAUGAUGAGGAAGGAGAUCGUGCAGCGUUAUUGGAGGAAGUUUUAGCACAUCUAAGUGAGAGUGACCAAACACUGUCAUCAGGGCAGACCAGAUCGACGUCCCGUGAACUGGCUGGUAUUCUGCGCAACCUCAAGAAGAUUGAGCAUGCUCUUGAAGUAAUUGAUCGGGUAAUGGUGUGUGUUGAUGAUGACGACCUAGAUGAAGAUGACCUUGAUGUCGCAGCUGGCCAUGAGUGGGGGGAGAGUGACUACUAGAGCCAGAUUGGGAGUCAUCCUUUUGCAGUGCUCAUCAGGGACAUGUUAAAAGAAAAAAGGAAAAAACUUGGCAGUUACAACAAAUCUGAAUGCAGUUAAUGAUGGCGAAUGUAAGAUAAAAGCAAAGGAAAUAUGAUAUUUUGAAUGUUAUCCGUCUUUUUCUUCCUUUUUUUUUAAUCUGGAAAUUAAGUAAUAUUGUUGAAAGCCCACAUUUUUAUUUUGAAAACUUGUAAAAUUAUAAUGGAAAUUGGUACGAAAUAGCAAUAUAACAGAGAUUAGAAGGUAGCUUAGUGUGAAGUGUAUUUAGGUGCUUCAGUGUAAUGUGAAUUAGAUGAUAUUAUGACAAGCAGAAAUUUUAUUUCUAGCAAAUUGAAAAGAAAUGUGCAAUGUACUGAAAAUUAUGAAGAACUGCAAGAAAAGAAUAAUAAUACACCAAAUAAAAACUGACAACACCUUCAGCUGACAAGGAAGUGCCUAAUAAUAAUUUCUAUACUGUGAAGAUGAAGUGAGAAAAUAUAUGACUGAAGACUGUACAUUCCAUUAUUGUAUUAUGUAAAAUAAAAAUGAAUUUUAUGACAUAUUCAUAGGUGCCACUUUGCUAACUCUAACCAUUCUAUAAUAUAGAUAUAAAAAUGUAAAGUUUGCAUCAUCUCAUGCAGUAGAAGAAAAUGCAAUUAAUGCAAAAUAAUACUCACACAUAUUAACAACUAUAAUUUUUUCAGUGAACUGAACUUAACACAGUUCACAAAAAAAUGUUGCAAUGUGACUGAAGGCUGAUGAGACUGUUUAAUGUGUCUCACCUUUAGGUAUACUCUGCUAUGCUUGGCAAUGCAGUCACAAAAACAAACAGAUGCAGUUCUUUUCUACUGUGCAUUUCUGCUUUUGAUUUUAGUCAAAAUAAUUUAUUUUAAUAGAAAUCAUGCAUUAUACUUGCAAACUCAUAUCUGGUGUAGUAUAUUUUCCUCUCUUUUUAAAGAUUUUUUCUCUGCACACAUUCAAGAAAAUUAAACAUUGAUGAUUUUUUGUAAAAAGGCAUGUAGAUUUGGAGAAAACCAAAGCUUUUCUCAAGUUAAUGAUGUUUUAUUCAGUGUACUAACUGAAGUUUUGCUGAUGAUACAAAAUCAUGAAAUAGAUACAAGGAACACUGAUGUUUUCUAAGCAAGCAUGCUGGAAAUCACUAAGUUUGGUAUACUUUGGGAAUCUACUAUGCAUAGUUCCUUUGUAAAACACCAUCCCAUCCACAGAGUGAGUCUCAAAGAUAUUUCUGGAUGAUGCAAAAAGGUUGCAGUGAAUUUUAAGCUUCUGUAUCCUAUGAAUUAAGAUAAUAACCCAUAUCCACUGUUUAAAAGGCAUUUCAUUAUUGUGCAUUUACAUUAAAGAAUUCCCAUCACCAACAGCCAUGGAGAUCACAAACUGCUUAAUGCAACAGCUAGUCCUGAUGUGCCCUUCUGUCUCCUUAACUGCUUCCUGCUUUGAUGGUCUCUAAUUUGUAUUUUUUUACUUUGUAAUUGUACAUUUGUAAGUGUGAGUGUACAGGUGAACACACAACGAAGGUAUCUUUACCUAAUGUGUAUGCUACUGUGUGGUUUUGCUCACACUUUGGCAGCCAUUGUGAGCAUUCUGUGGUCGAGUUGCAUUCAUCCUGCAAUAUUUUCCUAUACUAGAUGUGCAAACAAUUUACAAAAAUGAGAAAUGGCAAGGCAUAGCAGCAUCACAUUUUUAUCUGUUUUUGUAAUACUUCAUCAGAUGUUUGCUAUGUUCAAAUUUUUUGUGAAUUCUAGAGUAGAGGCUAACUGCAGAUUUAAACUACUCUCUGUGAACUUUAUGAAUUGUGUGAUAUGGCAAAAAGGGUGAUGUUCUCUUAUAAGUGAUAUUGUAUAUAACACAGAAUAAAUGUACUUUAUACAUUAAAAAUGUUAGCAAUAUUGAGUAAAGCUUGACUGAAA